UUUACUUAAGUAUAUGUUCAAAAUACUUCUUUCACCAUAGUGUAAAAUGUACAAUAUUGCCCUCUGAAAUUAACUCAAGCACAAGUACCUGUUAAGUGUAUUUACUCAAUUAUGCAAAUGAGCAUAAUUAAAGCUAAUGCGCGUGCUCGUUAUUUGACGCCACGGGGCGGGGUUUCACUGAAUAUUCAUAGUCACAUGGGGGGAGUCAGCGCACGCGAGCAGAGACUCAGCUGCUGCACGCUCACAGCUGGAUGGAUAGCAGCGUCUCCACUACAGCAGGAGAAGGAUGUGAAUUUUCGACAUUUUUCAAGUUUGUCACUAAAAAAGAAGAAGAAACAGCAGCAGCUGGACUCAGCUCGACUCGACUCGGUUUACAUUCAGGUGACAUAAAUAACGGCCGGACACUAAACACUACGCACGCGGCAGCCGUUUGAAAACAAACCGCUUCAGUUUUAAUGAGUUGAUUUUAAAGAUCUGCGUUCACAACGAGUCCAUUUAGCUACUGAGCAUCAGUCCAGUGAGCUGUAGACAAACACAGACAGUCAUGAUGGAGUCAAUCUUAGACAGUUUAGCAGCAGAGAAACUCUAUCCGUCCGGAGGGACCAACCUGUUGGACCUGGAGGAACUCAGCGACGGAGAUUUCCUCACUAAUGUGCCUUUCUCAGGUGACCAGAUGGACGACUUCAGCAGUGAAUUAUUCAACAGUUUCUUCGACGACCACCUAUUAGAGCGACCCCUGCUUGCAGACAGACCUUCACUUUUACACAUGGACAUAGACAGCAGCCCAGAUAUUCAAGCAGAGCACAGCUACUCUUUGAGUGAAGACUCCGCCCCCCAGAGCCCCGCCCUGUCAAUCAAAAUGGACCAAGAGUCUGAGUUUGAAUGGAGCUUCAGUCAGGACCUGUCGGCCAUCUUGGUGAAACAGGAGGAACCUGAUGUGGCUCAAAGGUUAGAUCCUCCGCCGCUGGAAGGCCCGCCUCUCAUAUUAAGCCCUGCCCCCCCACACAGAGGAUCGGCUUGGAAACACACGGAGCGCAGUCAAGAUGAUAUGAAGCCAGUGGCUAUAAAAGAUGAACCCAGAGAGAUUGGACAGUAUCUCAGCCUGCCUAGUGACGACGCUCUCCAGCUCCCGCCCACCCCUCCCAGCAGUAACCACGGCGACAGUGACGGCUCCCUUCCUCCCUCCUCCCCGCACCUCCCCCUGCCCCCGUCCUCCCCUCAGCCACAACAGAGGCCGGGAGGUCGCGGCUCGUCCUCUUCCUCCUCCUCCUCCUCGGCCAUCUCCUCCUCACCUCUCCUCACUGCACCACAUAAGCUGCAGGGUUCAGGACCCCUCAUGCUGACAGAAGAAGAGAAGAGGACCCUGGUUGCUGAGGGUUACCCAGUACCCAACAAACUUCCCCUCACCAAGAGCGAAGAGAAGGCACUGAAGAGAGUCCGACGGAAGAUUAAAAAUAAGAUCUCAGCUCAGGAGAGUCGAAGGAAGAAGAAAGAGUAUGUGGAAUGUCUGGAGAAAAAGGUGGAGAGCUACACAACAGAAAACAGCGACCUGUGGAGAAAAGUAGAAAACCUGGAGACUGCCAACAGGUCUCUUCUACAGCAGCUCCAGAAGCUUCAGUCAUUGAUUUCAGGGAAAGUUGUUCCCCGUUCUUGUAAAAUGGCCUCAACUCAAACAGGGACAUGCCUCAUGAUGAUGGCCUUGUGUUUCGUCCUGGUGUUGGGCUCCUUCUCCCCCUGCCUCUCUCCCCUCUCCCUCCUCACUCACACACCCUCUUUGUCCUCCUCCUCCUCUUCUUCUCGCUCCUCUUCCUCUCCUCCUCUCCCAUCAGCAGACCUCUACACCACCAGUCAGGUCCGCUCCCGCAGCCUCCUCUUCUACAACGACGGGGCUCCAUUGGAGGAGAGUUUAGUGACAUCAGAAGGGGAGAGGCUACAGUCAGAGCCCCACUCUCACAUCCAGAUCAGCCGUUACACAGCUGACGCCCACAGCAACCAAACAAAUGGGCCCAGUGUAGACCAGAGAGAAAAAAAACCAGACGGAGUCUCAGAGUUCUUCUGACAGACCGCUGGACCCCCUCCUCCCAUGACCUCUCACCUCUGACCCCUCCAGAUUCCUGAACUCAGCCGAACUUCAUAUCCAACUGGACCAAAACCUGCCUGUUUCUACAUCACUCUCUCAACAAGUCCAUCGUCAUUAUCCCUGUUAGUGAGUGACUUCCUCUGCUUCAAGACUUCAUCACAGUCCUGUCAUCCUCCUGUACGUAGUGCUUCACUUCUCUGCUUUAACAGACUCUGCUACACCUGAAUAUACUUGAUUUUAAAGGGACUUUAUUAUUAGAAUCUCCAUUUUUAUGCAUUAAAAUAUAAGAUGAUUCCAAAAACCCAACUCAUCCACUUAUAUGUAGCAUUUUAGCAAAAAUACUUUAUCACCACAAACUUGUCAGACCAUUGCCAAGAAGACACUCGGUGGUUACAGUAUAGUACAGAUCUAAAACAAGAUCUUUAUGGGAAAUGUGGUUUUAAUGUUGUGAGAAACACCUUGCACCUUUUUACCUACAUACAUAUAUAUGGAAACUUGACAGACCUCCACUGUGGGUUCUGGUUUAUGUUAGCAUGUGGUGCUAGCGCUCUAGAUGCACUACAUUGGAUAGUGCUUCAACUUUUAACCAGUCUCAUAUCAUAUGUUAAUCAAAGGCUGCAGCAAAUGAUUAUUGUGGUUAUCAGUUAUUCAUUUGAUCCAGCAAUCAAUAAAUCAGUCCAGAAAAUAUCAGAAAAUAGUGAAAAAGAAAAACUAAAAAGAGAGUUUGUGGCAUUUCUGCUCAGUAACUGACUUAUGAACCAAGAAUCAAUUAUCAAAAUUGUCAUCAUCUAACUGAAUGAUAGUUUCCUCUCUGUUUUAACAGUACAUUUGAAUGCAGCGUGCGUUGCUUCAAACACUUGACAUGCUAGUGUGUUGAAAACUAUUUUUAAAGUGCCUUUCACUCACUUCAGUCACAUAUGACGAACUUGGCCUCACACCUACUGCCCACACACACAGUUAUAAACCUGGAAAAGUAACUCUGACUAGACUACAUGCUGUUUGUUUGAAUCAGGGCUGGCUUCAGGCUUCUGAGGUCCUGGGUGAGAUUUUGCUAAUUUCCCUGCUUCUUUUGCUCUUUUAACUAAACUGGAUGAAUGUUCAGGAUUUAUCUUAUUUCUCAUGCUUGUGCACAUAUUUCCGUAAAAGCUUUGUGGCAAAUUCACCUUCACCAUGAGCCAGCCUUGGUCUGAACAGCUUGUUAUGACAGUUAUGUAAUAGGGGUUUAGUUAGAACUACAAUUAAACAUGUAAUAUGUUUUUGUUUUUCCUUUUUUAAAAUCUAUUUCUGCAGUUAAAACCAGUUUUUCACCUCUGAAUCCAGAUCACCACUCUGCAUCAUUUCUUGGGAGGGAAACCAUAUUUUCAUAUCAAAGCACCGUUAAAGGGGUUCUGACAGAGGUUGGGAAACAUGACAUAAAAGUAUUUUUAUGGAAUUAAAAAGUUGUAUAUGUAAUAUAUUUGCAGCAUCAAAAAAGAGCAUAUUUAAUUUAUGCAACAAAAAAAGAAAUACUGAACUUGUUUUUAAGGUUAGUUUAUCUUCUCUCAUUUUUCUAAAUAAUGUUUACAAAAAAACACAAAAAUACAACUUAUAAUAUAUUCUGAGCAUCGAAAAAGGGCAUAUUUAUUUUAUGCAAACAAAAAAAAAGGAAUUGUAUGUUGCGUUUUUGGCAUUUAGGAUGAUGUGAAGUUUUACAUGAUGGUGUGUAGUUUACAUGGUGUUUUUAUGGAUUGUAAAACUUUGAGAUGAUCUGUUUGUGUCUUUUAACUGUAAUACAGUGUUUAUGUUUCACUGCUGUCGCAUGAAAACCUCCGAGGGUCUUUUUUUGUCCCCUCGUGAUUUAAAAACAGCAUUCGUUUGUACAAUUAAACCUUAAAAAAGAUCAAAUUUUUACACUUCUUAAGCCAAAACGCAAAAGAAAUGUAUCAAAAGCAAACUGCAGCCAUUUCAAAAAUUAAAAUACUGACAAUAAUGUUUAAUAUAAAACUUCUUAACCUCUAAGCAGCAGAGGAAAGAUCUAAAACAUCAAUACUAAAAGUGCUCAUGCGACAGCAGUGCAUGUUGUAUUUAUUCCUGUUUGUAAAGUGUGUAUAUAUUGAUGAAGCCAAUCAGGGGACUAAAACAUUCCAGGAAGUAAAACACCACUAGCUUUUUAUCUCUACACAAUUUGAAGGAACACCGGGACAUUUAAAAAACAUUUUUAUUUCUUCACCACUACUCUGACAAUGUGAGAAAAACAAUGAUGCUCUCCAAAAUAAAGUCGUGGUAUUCCUUCAAAUUAAAAGUUGUGGUGGAGGGAUCUCUGUUUAUUCAGUCCAUAUCCUUGAGAAAAUAAUUAAUUCUGCCUAUAAAACACCCAGAAAUAUUAUUUUGAUCUCCACAACAUCACAGUUAACUAAGAUUUUCUGUUUUUCUUCUCUGUAUUUUCAUUUUGUGUCCCUCAUGUUAACCGUACACAAAAAAACAUCACGUGACUGCAGCCUGUUGCACAACCACCCCGUCAUUCUCACCUUUAACAGUCUUAAUGCAUCAGUGUACAUAAACAAUGACAACUUUAAUGUGCAGAUUCUUGUAAAUAAAAGGGCCUUGUUUUUGUAUUGUGACAUAGUCCAAGAUUUUAACCUGUGGAAUUAUGUGGGAAAGGAAAAAAAACAGGAGAAAACCAGUGGAUUUUUGGGGGAAGAAAGUGGGGAGGGAUUUUUAAAAAAAUAACAGGGAGGGUGACUUUUUCCACUUGUAAAGAAACCUGGACGACACAGUAGCUUCACACAGUUUGAAUAGUUGUAAAACACCAGGAGGUGCUUGAUUAUUCUGACCUCUCCAGAAAUAUCUGGAAAACAUCCAGAGAGAAUAAUCCAGCACGUUCCAAGGAGUUCAGUUGUUUGAAAUGUGUUUGGAUAUAAUGUUGUCUUGGUUUGUUGUAUAGCGUCUUGCAUGUUCCUCCAUAUAUAACUAUGUUAUCUUAGUGUAGUCAGUAGAGUAGAAACCAGCAAAAUAUUAAAAAACUGCAUCAGCAA